AUGACACUAAGUGAGGGGGAGAAGAAAUACAUCCUGGAUAGUGUUAAUGAUGACUGCAGAAUCGAUGGAAGACAAAGGAAUAAUUACCGUCUCAUGCAGGUAGAGACAGAUGUCAUUGACCAUGCAAAUGGGUCGGCACGAUUGAGGAUAGGAGAGACGGAGGUCUUGGUGUGUGUCAAGGCAGAAUUAGAGACUCCUAAGCCAGAAACACCUGAUCGAGGUGCUAUACAGUUCUUCAUUGAUUGUUCAGCCAAUGCAAGCCCCCAGUUUGCUGGACGGGGAGGGAAUGAGCUGGCCAGUGAUAUUCAGAGCUGUCUGGAUCGUGCCUUCUCAUCCCCAUCUGUUCUGGACUACACUGCCCUCUGUGUUGAGCGAGGCCAUUUUUCAUGGACCCUCUUUGUAGAUAUCUUAAUACUGCAAUGUGGGGGUAAUUUGUACGAUGCGGUUUCAUUGGGUGUGAAAGCUGCUCUGUAUAAUACGGUCAUAGCAAAGGUUGCAGUGAAAUUCCUAGCCGAUAACAAGCCAGAGGUUGAAGUCUCCAGUGAUCCGUCUAAAGGGUUUAAGCUCGACGUGACGAAUGUGCCAUGUUUCAUGACAUUCCUGAGGAUUGGCAAUCAUUGUGUCUUGGAUCCUUCCCUGGAAGAGGAAUCAUGUGGGCAAGGCAGCCUGGUUGUAGGCAUAACGGUACAGGGCAUCGUGACUCAUGUGCGGAAAGUGGGUCCUGGCAGCUUCCAUCCAACAUCCAUGGAAGAUGCUUUAAAUACGGCAAAUGCGAUUGGGCCCUUGAUUCACAUGCAGCUCCUUUCCAAGCUCAAAGAAGAAACUGCUGACAAGAGAGGGUUUUUGAGAUAG